AUGGGCUCAAUCGGAGAAUCCGAAUUCACCGUCCCAAAUCCCUUCCGAACCCGCAUUCUCAACGGCCAAGUCACGCCAAUUGUGACGAUCAAGUAUGCGAUUGGCAAUGAAAUUGCCAUGAUGGCCAAAAUGGCCGGUUUCCAUGGGGUCUUCAUAGACAUGGAACAUUCAGCCUUCAGUCUUCGCGAGGCCUCGCAGCUCAUUCUGGCAUGCAACUACGUGGGCGUGUCGCCCGUGGUCCGAUCUCCGUCCAAGUCGCAUUGGCAUAUUAGUCGGAUUCUCGACGCCGGAGCUGCGGCGGUCGUGAUCCCCCACAUCGAGUCUGUCCAAGAAGUCCGCGAUAUUGUCCAUCACGCCAAGUAUGCGCCGAUUGGCGCUCGCAGCUGCACGAACAAUCUGCCUGCGUUCAACUUCCAGCAUGUUCCCACGCUGAAGCAGAACGAGGCAUUGAACUCGCAAACCAUGCUCAUUCCGAUGAUUGAGACACCCGGUGCUGUGGAUCUGGCAGAGGAGGUUUUCGCCGUUGAUGGUGUUGAUGGUGUUCUCAUUGGCUCAAACGAUCUUACCACGGAUCUCGGUAUCCCGGGGAAGUAUGACGAUGCGCUUUAUUUGGACUCGGUGGCAAAGAUUAUUAAGGCUGGGAAGGAAUACGGCAAACCUAUCGGUGUCGGUGGCAUUGGCGGUCGUCUCGAUCUUCUAGAGCGAUGGUUCUCCCUCGGCGCUAGCUGGUGUUUGAGUGGCCAGGAUGGAGCAAUCUUGCAAAAGGCGUUCAAGCAAAUUGUUCAAAACUAUGAAGACAUCAACCGGAGGAUCCAAAGGCUGAAGGAAUAG